AUGUCCGCAGUCUGGAUGACUUUGCAAGGGCUGGGUUUCGACCGCCCCUACCGGUCUUCUGGCCCACUCAGAGGGCGCCGCGAUCUCGCGUACGGCGAGGCGGUCGCGCUCCCGGCCGACGAGAAGCACCCCGUCAAGAAGAAGCGGCGCGCCUGGCCGUACCCGCGCCAGUCGCCGCGGCAGCGCGGCGCCGACGCCCCCGCGGUGACGGUGGGGCCCCCCGAGCCCCGCGACGUCACGGCCGCAGCUGCUGAGGUGGCGGACCGGGGAAUACGGACCGGGCCGCCGCCGUCGUCGCCGUCCUCCCGGACCCGCCAGUCGGACGGCGAGCAGAGGCAAGUUCGCGACGUGGCCCCGCCAGCGCCGCCAGCGCCGAAAGACCCACGUCCACGUCAACGCCCAGACCCUCCGGCCACUGAUAAGCAGCCUGUCAAACAACCUGCGGCCAGCAGCGGCCCUGGCGCUCAGCAGGAGCAGCAAGACCUGCACGUCCUGAAAGGCCUGGAAGACCUGCAUUACCAGCAAGAGCACGCGCCGCUGAGUUGCCGUGCAGUCUUGGUGCAGGAGGAGCCCUUGUUUGGUGAGGCGGCUGUUGUGCGGGAAGAGCCCUUGAUUCAGAAAGCUGUCAUCGUGCGGGGAGAGCCUCUGACAGGAGCGGUGCAAGCAGAGCCCGUGAAAGCGGAGGAUGCCAAGGCAGUGCCGUUGAGUGAACAAGCCGUCGUGCAGGAAGAGUCGUUGAAUGAGAAAGCUGUCGUGCAGGAAGAGUCGUUGAAUGAGGAAGCUGACGUGCAGGAAGAGUCGUUGAAUGAGGAAGCUGACGUGCAGGAAGAGUCGUUGAAUGAGGAAGCUGACGUGCAGGAGAAGCAAGAGUCGCUAACAAAGAAAGCGGUUUCUGUGCAUGGAAUUCUGUUGAAUGGGGCGCGUCAGGAAAAGUCAUUGAACGAAGCACCUGUUGUCCAAGAACCUUUGCACUUCGCGGCAGCUGCCCCGCUACUUUCUUCGUUGAAUCCAUCCGCAAGCGAGCGAGCGCAGGCGAACGGGUACGCGAACGGGUACCUACAGGACAUUGCCGUCGCUGAUUUAGAGGAGGCCGCCGACGGCCACCCCAACGGGCACCCGGAGCACCUCGCCGUCGCCAACCUGGAGGAGGCCGCCGACGGCCACCCCAACGGACACCCGGAGCACCUCGCCGUCGCCGACCUGGAGGAGGCCGCCGACGGCCACCCCAACGGACACCCGGAGCACCUCGCCGUCGCCGACCUAGAGGAGGCCGCCGACGGCCACCCCAGCCGAGCGCAAUCGGCGGUCGACGACAUGCCCGGCGAUGGGUCGCGUGUCGCCGAGGGGGCGGAGCGCGAGCCCCAGUCCGGCCAGGGCCAGGGCCCCGCGGACGUGGCUUCGGCCGACUUGGCUUCUGCCGACUUUGACAUGGACGGCGAGGAGACAGUCGUCAUCAAAAUUUUUGCGGGUCCCGGUCCCGGUUCCAAUGCGCAGCAGCAGCACUGGCUGGCUCCGGGGUACCCGCCACCUCAGCACUUCGGGCCGGUGACGCCGCCUCUCCAGCAGGGCGUCGCCGGGGUCCUCGGCCACGGCCCCCCGCCGAACCAAUCUGGCUUGAGCUUCCAUAAGGACGAGAGAACUCAACGCCAGCACAUCAGGCUUAAACGCAAGUUGGACCAAAAGCAGUCUCUAAAGGGAGAAUCCAUGGCGCAAGCUGGAGUUUUAGGAGGUGGCUCUGGCCAUGGUACACCCCCUGCCUCUCCCAGAAAAGAACUUGCCAAUGGACUCCGUUCUAGAGUGAUCUCUGGAAAAGAACGUGGUAUGAGCAGUGUAGGAACAUCCGAAGAUGGAGAGGAGAGCUCAAGUCUGCAAGAUGAUGAAGAUGAAGUUGAAAUGAUCACCGAAAUGCUGUCAUCUGUAGCACCACCUCAGGUUGCAGACCUAGACUCAACAAGUGCAUUGCUUCAGUGGUCAUCACCAGAAACACUGGCAGAUUUCCCCAGUGAUGAAAUAUCUGAGACAGACUUGAGAUACGAAGUACUACUUAGUGAUAAAGGAAAAGACGGUCGUUAUAAAUCUAUUUAUAGUGGACUAUCUCACUCCUGCAGGAUUCAAGAUCUUCAGCCGGGCAAAGAAUACUCUGUGUGCCUUCUCGUGCAUUUAGAUGACUGGAAGGGACAAGCAUCAGAGCCAACUACAUUUUUGACCCCUCCUUGCCGUCCAGAAGCACCUCUUCCACCGAGGCUUAUUCAGAAAAACCGAUUGAGCCUGCAACUUCGCUGGCAGGCUGCUGUUGACAAUGGUGCUCAUAUCCAACAGUAUAUCCUUGAAUGUGAUAAUGGUACAGGCGUCUUUAGUGAAGCUUUCCGGACUAGAUUAAAGCAACAUAAUCUAUCAAGGCUCCAGCCGGGUACUUCAUAUAGAUUCCGACUGGCAGCUGUAAAUGAAUGUGGAAGGAGCAAUUAUUCUGAUAUAAUAACAUACACAACAGCAGGAAAUGUUCCAAAUGCUCCUGCUCCUCCAAUCCUAAGGAAUGCAACAGUCAAUUGUUUACACUUAGCAUGGGUACGCAGGCCAGGUGAUGAAGAAUUUGUCCUGCAAAUGGAUGACCGUCAUUCAAACUAUGGUUACCUAGCUGUGUACAAUGGACGAGAUACCCAUCACUAUUGUGAUAACCUCCGUAGGCACUCGGAAUACAGAUUUAGGUUGAAGGCAAGUAAUGAAGAUGGUUCAUCUCGUUGGUCGGAGGAAGUAUGUUACCGUACUCUUCCAGACCGUCCUAGCCCUCCAUCCAGGCCUGUUGUCAAAGGAAAAAUUCAUUCCUCUUCCUUUAAAGUAAAAUGGGACCCUCCUCAUGACAGGGGUGGCACUGAUGUCUCUAGUUACACCCUGGAGCUUGGUUCGGAUAAAGGAAACUUUCAUCAGAUUUACCAUGGGCCUCACACAGAGCAUGUGUGUGACCGCCUAAUACCUGGAACGCAAUACCUGGUUAGGGUUUGCUGUACCACUGCAGGCGGUAGAAGCGACUUUUCGGAGGUGUCUUCCAUCGUUACAGAGCCAGUUUGCCCUGGACAAUGCCAAAAUUUCCGGUCUCAUGGAAAGCCUCGAGCAACCUCCUUAUGUUUGAAGUGGAGCAAUCCUCUAAAUGAUGGUGGUGCUCCAGUAAGUCAGUAUGAAGUUGAGAUGGCGAUGGCAGAGAAAGAAAAAGAAAGACGCCAAGCCUAUUUUGGUCGUGAAACUGAGUGUACUGUACAAGAUCUUCUGCCAGGGAGAAACUACAUCUUCCUUGUGCGUGCUUGCAACAAAGUUGGGCCUGGCCCCUGGUCUGAAGUGCUGAAGAUCCAGAGUGGAGCUGCAGCUCCUGAAAUACCUCUACCUCCUCAGACCCAAGUCUCACCUCGUUCUACUGCUACAUCAAGUAUUGCAGUGAUGGUGUCCUGGGUUGAGCCUGCGAAUAAUGGGUCUCCAGUCACGGAGUACACAUUGCAAGUUGGGAGCUUGCGACCCACUAGCCCAAGCCCUGCUCGUUCUACCAGUCCAUCCACGAGGCCAGUCAGUCCAGCCAGCUCUGUCAGUUCCAAUAGCACAACAACACCAAAUAUCCCUGCCAGUCCUGUCCGACCCCCUAGGCCCUCCAUGCAAGCCCCUCUUGACACUGUUGAGAUUCUGGACACAGUCUCUCUCAUUGAACGGAGAAAUGCAUUUGUAGGGACAGGAACUAGCACCGAAAUCAAGAACCUCCUUCCUGCUACUACUUACCACUUCCGUGUUCAGGCGACAAACGCUGCUGGAUCAAGUGGUUGGUCCUUGGACAGUGUGCUGACUACUCCACCUGGUCCCCCUGCAGCACCAACCUCAAUUCGUGGUGUAUCGACUCCUUACUCAAUAUCACUGACAUGGUCAGCACCCAAUUGUAAUGGUUCACCCAUUUUGAGCUAUCAGAUUGAUCUGCCUGAUAGAAAUGUGAGCACAGAAGGACCUGAAACUCAAAUAGUGAUUGAUCAAUUAAAGCCUCAAUCUCAGUAUAGGAUACGAGUCAGGGCUGUGAAUUCUGUGGGUGUAGGACCUUAUUCACAGUCUCACAAAUGUACAACCAAACCUCUUCCACCUUCUGCACCUGCUGUAGAAUGUGUCACAGUUGGCCACAAUAAUUUAAAACUAAAGUGGGGUGAUGGCCGGAACCCUGAUUUUACUCAGUACAUUUUGGAAAUGGAAAAUCCUCGAAACACAAUUGAACAGUUUCAAACUGUGUAUCAAGGCACAAAUCACACCUACAAGGUCAAUCGCCUGCAAGAAUUGACCCUCUACAGGUUCCGUAUUGCAGCCUCAAAUGAUGCUGGUCAAGGAGAAUUCUCUGAAAUUUAUGAAUUUUCAACAUGCAUAGCACCCCCAGCAUCUAUUAAAGCUCCUAAAGCCACUGAAAUUCUGGAAAGAAGUUGUGUUGUUGAAUGGCUUCCCUGUCGUCCUCUUCCUAGUGAUCCUGUUGAGUAUCAACUUCAACUGUGCCGUCUUCGUGACCAAGCAUAUAAAGUGGUGUACAGAGGAACUGAUACCAAAGCAACCCUGGAAGACCUAGAAGCUGGUGCAGAGUAUGAAAUUAGGGUCAUGCCUGUUCGUUGCACUUCGAAUGGAGACCUUAGUGGUGCCUUUUCUCCUGCAUCUACAUUUUCAAUACCAGCUGUGUCUGUGCCUGAACCUGUAGCUCGUGUUGUUCCUCAACAGGCUGUUCAACCUGCACCUAUGACAGACAAACAAAAAGCUGCAAUAAUCCUCGGCAUGUUCGGCAUGUUUGCCGUUAUCCUUGCUGUGAUUCUACAUAAUGUUCUGGGAUGAGUGUGCGUGGCCCAAGAAUCUGGUCCUUUUCGGCAGCCGGCCUUUUAUCCUUUCUUUUCCACCUGUCUACCAUUUUUCCGUGUACCGUCCUACCUCUUCCAUUUCUUAUUAUUUCCUCUUCCAAUUAGCCUUCACCUCAAUCAACCCUUAUAAUUAAUAAUAUUAUUUAUUGUUUAAGAUGUGUGCAUAUUUUAUUAUGAGGGGGUAUCUGGUAUGUUCAGAAUUGUGGGACAUUUUCUCAUUUCGGAAGUGAUACAGUUCUUUGUAGCUGUGAGCUGUUACGGUAAAUCAAACCGAAACAACUCAGAAGACUGAAGUACCCUGGGAGCUUAAGUCUCCCCACUCUUUCUCUCUCUAUCUCUAUUUCUCUCUUUUUGCAUGAGCUCUCUGUGAUCUCUGCAUGUACAUCCCCCUCUUACUCCACUAUAUCUUACUUGUUACAAAUGAAUUGUAAGAAGUGAUAAGUGUUUUUGUCUUUUAUAAAACGGUUCACUAUGUGUCUUUAUUUUUUAUUAUUGUUUAUAAAAAUGUGCUGGAGCUGCUUUCCAACACUAUACUUUUGGUAUAGGAACGCAUGAUAGUUUUGACCAUGAAAGGAAGUAUAAUAUAAAAUGUUUUAAGCCAAAUAGGCUGUCAAUUAAACUUGUAUUGUUUUCUUUUUCUUGUUUUAAAAUUAUUUUAUGAGUAUACUCUUCCCGAAUUCUUCUAGGUAUUUGUGACAUUUGAUAUUAUUAUUCUUGUCUUACAAAGGUUCUAUCAAAGAUUCUAAUAGUAGAUGUUAUGUAUGAAACGUAAAAAAAAUUCCUGUUGGUAGGUGAUAAACUAUUUCCAAUUACUACUGAUUAAAAAUUGUGUCAAUGAAUGUUAAAGUCUCUUCAGGCUAAAAUCAAUUAAUGAAUUCCAUGGCUAUGUUUUGUUGUGCACAAUUUUCUGUUAUAGAAGAUGAAAUGUUCGUGUUUACAUAUGCAGAAUUUAGUGGUUUGUCUGCUUCCUUUUAUUGUUGUUAUCUGUUGAAUGAUAUAGUGAGUUUUAUUUGCUUGCCCAUUUUUGGCAACAGUAAAAGUGCAUUUUUUUAGUGCAUUUUCUCAAUUGGUUAUGGUACUUUGAUUCAUUCCAUGAACUUAAAUGUAUGCACAAGGACUUUCAUGAAGGUCUUCCACAGUUACCCUUUUUCAGUCUUGUCGUUAUUUUUAACAUUAUUUUCUUUUGUUGCGUUAUUUUGUUCACUGACCUUUCAGUUUUGUGCUAUGCACCUACAAGUUAACACCUUGUGCUUGCAGGAUGUUCAAACUGUUCAGUUAUGUGUGCGUUGUUGUUUUAAUUUUUAAAAGAGUAUUUUCUUGUUCUCAUUGUAUUGUUUGUGUGACCUACAUAUUAAUUCCAUGUGCACUAUUUUAGUUACCUAUGUACCGAAACACAGAUUAAAAUUUUCUAUUCUGAGUUACUUAAAUUUUUCUAGUAUGUAUGUAUAGGAUGGGGAAAAAGAAAGCAUGUCAGGCUUGCCUGUUGCACUGCUUCUUUCUAUUCAAAAUGUGCUGUUGUAAAUUGCUAAAGAAAGUUUAUUUCCCCAGUAUUAACUGCACAGGGAUUGUUAUUGUUGCAUUGUAAGAGUGGGGACUGUGUAGGAUAUUUUAUAUAUACAUAUAUGUAUGUGUGUAUAUAUAUAGUUGUGUAUAUGUAUACUAUAUAUAUAUAUAUGUAUGUUAAUGUAUACUUAUAUUUUAAUUUUCUUGUUAAUAGUGGACCAAUACUGCUUGUCCCUUACCCUCUUGUUUGCCUCAUAUGUACAUUUAUGUUAUUUCUUCUCUUUGUUAGUAAAUUGACCAAGUGAUGCUGUGUUUCUAGCCUUCUUCUUUGUUGUCUAAUUCUUUUGGGGAAAGUUAAUGCUAGAACUAGAUUUUCCUGUUUCUUUUUGGUGCUAAUGCAUUUUAAUCCAAAACUCAGAAGAUUGGCAUCUCUGCUAAAGGGGGAGUAAAGACAUGGUAUUGUAACAAAUCAAUUCUGAUUGUGACUGUUAUCGCCAGUGGGCAUGAAUUGUGGGGCAGAAUUGUAUUUUAUUAUGAACAAUUUUAAUAGUAAUCAAACGGGCCUAAUGUAUUAGUAAAUCACAUUGCGAGUAUCUUUUGUAUGUUUUCCGAUUCUCCCUGUAUCUUGCCCGUAUCAAAGAACUGAUGUGUUGUUGAAAUGGUUCCAUCGCUUGGCUUUAUUUCAGUGAGCUUGGGCAUAAAUUUGCAUGUAUUGAAGUAAACACAAUUUUAUUAGGCUGUUUUCCCAGGCCCAUCAUCAAACUUCCUUCUAUUGUAAACUAUUUAUCCUAAAUCAACCAAAUCAACCAACUUAUUACAAGAAUUGUGAUUUAGUUAUCAUUGGGUUUGAUGUAAGUUUUCUUUCUUAGUCAAAGAUUGUUGUGUUAAUGUCUGCAUUGCUUGGUGCAUUCCAUGUUUCACCAAAUAGUGCUCUGAAGGAAUAGAAUUAAGCAAACAGGGAUUGUGAUGUCCUUUCUUGUUCUGACCCUUUUUUGCCAUAAUAUAGUUUGUUUAUAAUUCCAUACUUAAAAUAUUUUGGAAAACUGAAUGUGUGUUAGUAUGGAUUGAUUGUUGGAUUAUGUACUUGCUGGCCCGCCUCAACCACUGUGAUGCCAGGCUUGCACAAUCGAGAUAGAGAGUUACCUCGCGUGGCUGGAGCCAGUGCCACAGGCCGCAGCAAGGAGCCUGUGACAGGCUGCCUGUCUGGUCCGUCAUGACCUGAUCGAGUCAAUGAAUUUUGUACAUAAUCACUUUAUUUACUUUAUUAUGGUUGAAGAGGUAUUAAAUUAUUUAUGUGGAAUUUACAGUUAUUAUUUUAUGGCUAGAUCUUUUAUAUAUAAAAUAUAUAAAUACAUAUAUAAACAUAUAUAUGUAGCUUUUGUUGCAAAUGAUUGUCAGCAUGAAGAGAACUUAUAGGUUGGAAAGCAGAGCUCUUAAUAUAACCAAUGUAUUAAUCUGCUUUUUAUUACAAAUGAAUGAAUUAAUCAAGGUUGUAUUGAGAGUCACAGUAUAUUUUUUUCCAGUGGUAAGCAGUUCAACUGAAAACAAAAUUAUGUUUAUCAUUUGAUGAUACUAUGAGGAUGAAAGAGAUUGCCACUGAUUUGUUACUGGAAUGGUCCCCUUUGAGGGAGCUAGGUACUAUUAUAGAGAUUUAUAAAGGUAUAUAUAUCUAUACAUAUAUAUUAUACACAUAUAUAUGUAUAAAUAUGUAUGCAAAAAUUAUAAACAAUACAAAGUAUAUUUUAUGUAAGUGGAUCACUAAUAACUCUUCUCCACAGAGUCAUUUUCUCCAAUAAAAGCAAAGUGAAAUUAAAUCAGAA